AUGCAACCCGUUCGAUUAAUGGAGGACGAUUUAGAUCCAAUAAAUAUGAAUAGAGACAUAUUAUUCGAUAGAAAUAGUUUUGGACGAUAUUUAAAAGAAGCAAUGACUGGUCAAGAUAAAGAUGAUAUUCAAUUAGCAAAACGUAUCAUUAUGUUACCACGAGUUGGUAAGCGUUCAAUUUCAGAUCAUGAAAUAUUCAAAAUACAACAAGAACAAAUUUAA